AAGCAUCGUCCUCCUCCUCGGAUGGAGCUAGGGUUUAACUAACAGAAGAGAAGAUGGAGGGGGAGUUGGUGGAGGCAGAUAUAGUGGUUCCGAUGCAUCUGAGCUUUAAGAAGACACAGGCCUAUGAAAAGUACCCAAAGGGCCAGUCUCGAGGAAGGUGGAAACAUCUCAAGCAGAUCCUCCAAGCUGACCCUGAUCAUCAUCCCUUUUAUAUCAACAUCGAGUCGCCUCCAUCCACUCAACCAUGCAAGAGAAUUUGCGAUGUCACUGGAUUCGAGGCGCCAUAUGUAGACCCCAGAACAAACCUCCGCUAUGCAAAUGCUCAUGUUUUCAAGACUCUAAGGUCACUCUCCACCCACCAAGUCCACCACUAUCUCUCCAUUCGCAAUGCCGCUCCUCUUCUCAAGUAGCCCCAUGUCCUGUUUUUACUUGUAAUAUGUAUUGUGGUAGAUAUUUUUAUGUCCCUCAAAGUUACUGAUUUUUUUUUGGGGUCAAUCUUUAACAUACUAACAGUCUCGUACAACAACAACAAAUUCUUAA